UUGAAUUUGUAGUACCAUGCGCGGCUGGAUCGGAUUGUUUGCGACGGUGCUCAGCACGAGCGUGGUGACGUCCAGUUCCGGCGUCAAGGGCGACAUGCCGACCAUGUUUCUUCGCGACCCCCUGGACAAGGCGCUGCUUCUUGGAAACGGACGACGCCAUCGCAUCAACUUGGACGAGGCGGCUCAAGGCGCGUUCUUCCUCGCCCCGAAACCUUGCGGGGGUUUCAUGCCCAUCGCCCGCUGCCCAGCUAGAUGCAAGCCAUCCGACACCAAAACAGGCGAAGAAGACUGCACCAAGUGCAAGGGGUACAAGCUCGUGCCGCAGUCGUCGAAAUCCCAAUGCACGUCCGGCAAGAUCAACAAGUGCCGAGGAUUCAAGUUGAUGCCCCCGGCACAGUGCACUGGCUUUGACUUGUUUGGGAACCCCAUUCCACGCACGACCACGGUCCAACCUACCACCACCACCACCCGACCUACCACGACCACGGCACGACCUACCACCACGUCGCAGGCGCCUACCACCACCACGUCGCAGGCGCCUACCACCACCACCACCACGGCGCGACCAACCACCACGUCGCAGCCGCCUGCUACUACCACCACCACCGCUCGGCCGACCACCACCACGGUCGCACCGCUCACGGGAGUGGAGUCGCUCACCGGCGCUCCUACGUCUAUCCCCACGCCUGCGCCAACCACGCCUGCUCCCAUCGCUCGUCCUACCACCACGGAGGUCCCCACACCUGCGCCAACCACGUUCGCCCCUCCCCCCGCCACGACGACCACCGAACCUUUGCCAACCCCCGCCCCGUCGAUUCCCAACAGCAGCAGCGAAGGCAGUGGCACUUCUGGUGGUUCUGAUUCCAAUGGCGGUUCGUCUGGCUUGAGCGGCAGCGGCGAUGCUGUUGGUUCUCCCUCCACGGCCACCCCUGCCGCCGAAACGACUGCCGGAACGGCUGGUGGGUCCUCUGGAUCGACCACGUCCGGCCAGUCGGCGGGCACCACAGGCGCCGCCAACGGCACGACCGCGACUAAGACCGGUUUGUCUGGUGGCGCGAUUGCCGGUAUCGUUGUGGGCUCGCUCGCGGCGGCCGGGGCCGUUGGCUUUUUCAUCUGGAAGAAGCAAAAGGACCAACACCGCGAAGCCGAAAUCUUCAGCGACCCGCCGCACGAUGUCGAGAGCCAGGGCGGAGACUACGCCGCCAUGUAACGCCCCACGGCAUCGGCAUUUGCUGGCUGGCAACCCUUUACAUAUGUGUUCAUGACGACCAACAACUCGUAGCUGCGCUUUGGAACGUAACGUGGUUGUGUUGGAUCGUGA